UCCCUUAAUCCCUUUUCAGAAAAAAAAAGAAUCAGUUCAUUUUCCAUAAACUUCUCCAAAUCCUAAAUUACUAAAGAAAAAUAUAUGUAAUAUAUUCUUCAAAACCCUGUUUUCAUAAUUUCAAUUCAAAUCUUUACCAACCUCGAGUCUUCUUCUCUAGUUGUAUCUUGUCUGAAGUGUUCUCUAAUUACACCAUUUCAAGCAUUCCCUUCUCCGUUCCUAGCUGCCAAAAAAUAAUCUUAUCUUUGUGUCAAAGUUUCCGUUUCUCCAAAUCAUAAAAAUCCCAAUUCCCAAAAAAAAAAAAAAAAAGAAAUUUGAAGCCUAAAAACCCAAUCGGCUUCUAAUUGUAAAAAAUCCGAGAUUUAAGGACAAAACAAUGUCAGUGGCCUGUGGACUCGAAUGCGUCUUCUGCGUGGGGUUCAGCCGGUGGGCAUGGAAACGCUGCACACACGUGGGAUCCGACGACAGCGCCACGUGGGCAGCAGCAACACCCGAAGAGUUCGAGCCCAUCCCACGAAUCUGCCGCGUGAUCCUCGCCGUCUACGAGCCCGAUCUCCGAAACCCCAAAGUCUCUCCGUCGAUCGGAAAGUUCGACCUGAACCCGGAUUGGGUCAUCAAACGAGUGACCUACGAGAAGACCCAAGGACGAUCUCCGCCGUACAUCGUCUACGUCGACCACGACCACCGUGAGAUCGUACUCGCGAUCCGCGGCUUGAACUUGGCCAAGGAGAGCGAUUACAAGAUCCUUCUCAAUAACAAACUGGGUCAGAAGAUGCUCGGCGGUGGGUACGUUCAUCACGGGCUCUUGGAAUCGGCGGUUUGGGUUUUGAAUCAAGAAUCGGAGACGCUUCGUGGACUCUGGGAGGAGAAUGGGAGAGAGUACGAUUUGGUCUUCGCUGGUCAUUCUCUGGGGUCUGGUGUUGCGGCGUUGAUGGCGGUUCUGGUGGUUAAUACUCCGGCGAUGAUCGGUGGUGUGCCCAGGAGCAAGAUCAGGUGUUUCGCUCUGGCUCCGGCCAGGUGUAUGUCGCUUAACCUCGCCGUUAAGUAUGCUGACGUCAUCUUCUCCGUUAUUUUGCAGGAUGACUUUUUACCAAGAACGGCGACGCCAUUAGAGGAUAUUUUCAAGUCCAUCUUCUGCUUGCCUUGCUUGUUGUUUCUAGUUUGUUUGAGAGAUACGUUUAUACCAGAGGGUCGGAAACUAAGGGACCCUCGCAGACUUUAUGCUCCUGGUCGAAUCUAUCAUAUCGUGGAGCGAAAGUUUUGCAGAUGUGGAAGGUUUCCUCCUGAAGUGAGAACCGCUAUUCCUGUUGAUGGGAGAUUUGAACAUAUAGUACUGUCAUCAAAUGCAACAUCCGAUCAUGCGAUUCUAUGGAUAGAAAGAGAAUCUGAAAAGGCCCUUCAGGAAAUGAGAGAGAAGAGUGCAGAGACAGUGGUGACAAAGGCACCAAAAGAGAAAAGAAUGGAGAGGUUAAACACUUUAGAGAAAGAGCACAAAGAUGCGUUAGAGAGAGCUGUGAGUCUCAACAUCCCACAUGCAGUGUCUGCCGCAGAAGAAGAAGAAGAAGAAGAAUGCAACAAUGCCGAAGCAUCGGAACCAAAGUCGAAGAAGAAGAAUUGGGACGAGGUGGUGGAGAAGCUUUUUCAUAGAAGCAAUUCUGGUGAGCUCGUUCUUAACGAGAACGUUGAUGGUACUGAUAGGUAGUCACAUAAAAUGUCUAAUUGUAAGAAUGAGUUGUGUUUAUUUCUUUACGCAGUUUUGUAUAUCUGUGCGGCUAUUGUUUUGUUUUUAAUAUAUGCGAAAACGGGUUUGUGUUUA